UUUUCCCGGGGCUGAUCAGCUGGUCUGCGCUGCCCUGACGUGGGCCGGCGCACGUCACCGCCGAAUGGCAGCCUCCAGAAAGCCACCGCGAGUGAGGGCGAAUCACCAAGAUUUUCAGCUGCAAAAUUUAAGAAUAAUUGAAUCUAACGAGGUGACAUCAUCAGGAGACACAGGUGUGGAAACAGAUAACAGAAUGGCUCCAAAGGUGACUUCGGAGCUGCUUCGGCAGCUGAGACAAGCCAUGAGGAACUGCGAGUAUGUGGCAGAACCCAUCCAGGCCUAUAUCAUCCCGUCGGGAGAUGCCCACCAGAGUGAGUACAUUGCUCCCUGUGACUGUCGGCGGGCCUUUGUUUCUGGAUUCGAUGGAUCUGCGGGAACGGCCAUCAUUACAGAAGAGCACGCAGCCAUGUGGACGGAUGGGCGCUACUUUCUCCAGGCUGCCAAACAAAUGGAUAGCAACUGGACACUUAUGAAGAUGGGUCUGAAGGAUACACCAACUCAGGAAGACUGGCUGGUGAGUGUGCUUCCUGAAGGAUCCAGGGUGGGUGUAGACCCACUGAUCAUCCCUACAGAUUACUGGAAGAAGAUGGCCAAAGUGCUGCGAAGUGCUGGCCACCACCUGGUUCCUGUGAAGGAGAACCUUGUUGACAAAAUCUGGAUGGACCGUCCUGAGCGGCCCUGCAGGCCCCUCCUCACGCUGGGCCUGGACUACACAGGUAUCUCCUGGAAGGAGAAGGUGGCAGACCUCCGGUUGAAAAUGGCGGAGAGGAACAUUGUGUGGUUUGUAGUCACUGCCCUGGAUGAGAUUGCAUGGUUGUUCAAUCUCCGAGGAUCAGAUGUGGAGCACAACCCAGUAUUUUUCUCCUAUGCCAUCAUAGGACUAGAGACAAUCAUGCUCUUCAUUGAUGGGGACCGCAUCGAUGCCCCUGGUGUGAAGGAGCACUUGCUUCUUGACUUGGGUCUGGAGGCUGAAUACAAAAUCCAAGUGCUUCCUUACAAGUCCAUCCUGAGUCAGCUCAAGACCCUGUGUGCUGACCUGUCUCCGAGGGAGAAGGUGUGGGUCAGCGACAAGGCCAGUUAUGCUGUGAGCGAGGCCAUCCCCAAGGAUCAUCGCUGUUGUAUGCCUUACACCCCCAUCUGCAUUGCCAAAGCCGUGAAGAAUGCAGCCGAGGCAGAAGGCAUGAGGCGGGCUCAUAUUAAAGAUGCUGUUGCCCUCUGUGAACUCUUUAACUGGUUGGAGAAAGAGAUUCACUUUGUUAGGCCAGUCCCUGAGACGAAUAGGACGUUGUCCCUGGAUGAGGUGUACCUCAUCGACUCCGGCGCGCAGUACAAGGAUGGAACCACAGAUGUGACCCGGACCAUGCAUUUUGGGAUGCCUACAGCCUAUGAGAAGGAAUGCUUCACAUAUGUUCUGAAGGGCCACAUAGCUGUAAGUGCAGCCAUUUUCCCGACUGGUACCAAAGGCCACCUCCUAGACUCCUUUGCGCGUUCAGCUUUGUGGGAUUCUGGUCUGGAUUACCUGCACGGAACGGGACAUGGUGUUGGAUCUUUUCUGAAUGUUCAUGAGGGUCCCUGUGGCAUCAGUUAUAAAACCUUCUCUGAUGAGCCCUUGGAGGCAGGCAUGAUCGUCACUGAUGAGCCAGGAUAUUACGAAGAUGGGGCUUUUGGAAUCCGCAUUGAGAAUGUUGUUCUGGUGGUUCCUAUGAAGACCAAAUAUAACUUCAAUAACCGGGGAAGCCUGACCUUUGAACCUCUAACUUUGGUUCCGAUCCAGACCAAAAUGAUAGAUGUGGAUUCUCUUACGGACAAAGAGCUCGACUGGCUCAACAAUUACCACCAGACCUGUAGGGAUGUGAUUGGCAAGGAACUGCAGAAACAGGGACGCCAGGAAGCUCUCGAGUGGCUCAUUAGAGAGACACAGCCCAUCUCCAAACAGCAUUGAUCUUCCCUGGUCUUGCUUUUAUAAAAUGCUCUGCGGAAAGGAAGAAACAGGAGGAUCUCCAACGUCUUCCUCCUGUCCUCUUCUUCCCUAACUCCCCUUUUUACUUUUAGACUCUAAGAAGAGCGGAAAAAUCUUCUUAUUCUCUUUGAUAUUUUCUUGCAAACAGUCUUUUAUGGUUUUUUUAAUUGUCAAGAAUGAGCCAGGAAUUAAAUUGCUACACCAGGAGGGUUCCCACAAAGCUGGAGACUUGAGGAGGAGACACCCAAGCUCUCUGGCCAGCGAUGGUGAACCAGCGAGUGCUCCAUGACAGUCACGUUCCAGGUGCUAGUACAUCACUCAUGAUCAGCUCGAUGUUCAUGAGCCUAUUUAUGAUCAAUGAAUAAAGUGUUGCAACGCUG